AAACAAGACGCUAUCAUGACGCGGUGGCUUCAGGCUGGAAAACAGAAACUCACACUCAUCUCCUGCGUCUUAGGAAAACAUGGACACACACAGUCUGUCCUCAAUUUGAACCCUCUGUGAAUUAAACCAACACCGAGGGCCGUCACUUUCCCCAAAAUCAGAACUAAAGAGGAUUGUACGACUGCUUUUUUUUUUGGGUGAUUUUCGACAGAUGUAUAUAUUAACAGAGGAAUAGACGAGACACGGAAUCAGAAGGAUGUUUGUGGAUUUCUGGAUACCUGGACCUUCUUUUUUAACCCAACGGGAAUGUAAUGGAAUAAUGUUUCAGUGACUACAGGCUCAAACAAAGGGCAUGUCUGAAAUUUUAGUCCCUCCUUUUAGCAGCAGAGAGAUCAACAAAGUAAAGCUUUGACUAAAGUGGAUGAUUGUAUACUCACAUUACAGAAAACCAACACCUACAUCUGACUUUCCAGCACUCUUCUCUGGAUGCUGUGCGGGAAAGUCCUGCAGUAAGGAGGGUGGUGUGUGGAUGUCUAAUCCCUCAGAUGUGACUGCAGGCUCCAGAAAAGGGCUGUGACUGAAUGUUUAGCCUCUCCUUCAACACGACAUGCCUCUCCAAAGAUCUAACAAGUGCCAACAGCUUUCACAAGGACUUUAAUUAAUAUUCUGGCUCUCCGUCUCGGCAACAUGAUGGAGUAAAGUGCGAGUAAAGAAGUUUACAAAGGCAAACAAUACAAACCCACAGUAGGAAUACUUGUAUCUGAACAUCCAGCCCCUCCCCCUGGCCGCAGUGUGGAAUAAGGGGUGUGUUCGGAGGUUCACCCCCACCAGGCUGCCACUCGCAGAUGGAGGCUCACCAACACUCCCCAGAUAGCAGCAGUGAGGAGUGCACCGUCCUGGAGGCUCCACCUGGAAAAAACACCUGCCCACAACAUGCAGGGAAGGUGGCUGACCUGUACUGUUUGGCCUGCGAGUUGGCGCUGUGUGAGGAUUGUCUGUCGGACCAUGAAGAGCACCCUAAGGUGCCCCUCAGCCAGGCCCUGGAACAGCACCGCAGCAGCCUGCAGGAGAGGCUGGGGAUUGUCCAGAACAGACUCCCUCAGCUUUCGGAUGCCUUGUCCUUUGUUAAGGAGAUCCUCCAGCAGCUGACCAAUCAGAGAACUUCCAUCGAAGAGGACAUCCAGUCGAGCUUUGAGGACCUGCACAAGCAGCUGGAUGUCCGGAAGAGCGUUCUGCUCAUGGAGCUCGAGGUCACAUAUGGACUCAAGCAGAAGGUUCUCCAGGCCCAGGUAGACAGCCUUGUUCGGGGGGAGGGGGAUAUCAAUGCCACCUGUACCCAGACGGAGGAGGCUCUGGCUGGGGAGGCAUGCGUGGCGAGCCUGCAGGUGGAGCGGGAGCUGGGGGAAAGGCUGGCAGAGCUAGCUAGCCUCGGCCUGCCGUGUCAGCCGGAGGAGAACGACCAGCUGGAUCUGGUGAUGGAGACGGACGGACUGAGGAAGUCCAUACACAACCUGGGCACCAUCGUCACGACCAGUGCGGUGGCGAGCCAGAGCGAAGCCAUGGGCAUUGGUCUGGAGCAGUGCAUUGUGGGGCAUCCUGCCUCGGUUACCAUAGUAACGCGGGACAAGUCAGGGGGAGCCUGCAAGAGUGGCAAUGCGAUCCUGUCAGCUGAGGUGUUCACCCCAGACGGCAGCAUAGUGGACGGUGAAAUCGUGGACCACAAGAAUGGGACUUACGAGUUUGUGUACACGGUGCCGAAGGAGGGCAACUUCUCAUUGGCCCUCCGUCUGUACGACCAGCACAUCAAAGGAAGCCCCUUCAAACUGACCGUCACCAGGGCGUAUGAGACAGAAGUAGAGUCGCUGUCUCUCCAGGUCUCUCCAUCCACCACCACGGCGACCAACUCCGCAGCCAACGCCACACCAUCCACAGGCUCCUCUGAGGGGGCCAAGAGACGAGGGAAGUCCCCUGGGCAGAAGAAGAAGGGCUCCAAAAGGGCCAGCAGCGCCCUGGGCACCCCACGACGUAAAACCCAGAACCCCAUUGAGGAUGACCUCAUCUUCAGGAUCGGAACAAAGGGGAGGAAUAAAGGAGAGUUCACCAACCUUCAAGGAGUGGCUGCCUCCUCCACCGGCAGGAUACUGAUCGCCGACAGCAACAAUCAGUGCGUCCAGAUUUUCUCCAAUGAGGGGGAAUUCAAGAGUCGUUUUGGGGUGCGGGGACGGUCACCAGGGCAACUGCAGCGCCCCACGGGCGUGGCUGUUCACCCCAGCGGUGACAUCAUCAUUGCUGACUAUGACAACAAGUGGGUCAGCAUCUUCUCAAGCGAUGGCAAGUACAAGGCGAAGCUUGGCUCUGGCAGACUUAUGGGGCCAAAGGGGGUGUCCGUGGACCAGAACGGUCACGUGAUCGUGGUUGACAACAAGGCGUGUACCGUCUUCAUCUUCCAGCUGACCGGCAAGCUCAUCACCAAGUUUGGUAGUCGAGGCAACGGUGACAAGCAGUUUGCAGGUCCACACUUUGCAGCAGUGAACAAGAACAAUGAGAUCAUUGUGACUGACUUCCAUAACCACUCUGUCAAGGUUUUCACCCCUGAGGGAGAGUUGGUGUUGAAAUUUGGCUCAAACGGUGAGGGAAACGGCCAGUUCAAUGCUCCCACUGGUGUAGCUGUGGACGUUAAUGGGAACAUCAUCGUAGCUGACUGGGGAAAUAGCAGAAUUCAGGUGUUUGAUGGCAGUGGUUCCUUCCUCUCCUACAUCAACACGUCAGCCGACCCGCUCUAUGGUCCCCAAGGUCUGGCUCUGACCUCAGACGGACAUGUGGUGGUGGCAGACUCUGGCAACCACUGCUUCAAAGUCUACCGCUACCUACAAUGAUGGAGGCUUGGACGGAGAAGUGAAGCGGAGGCAGGAGAGAUGGUCCGGGGGGAGCAGUUGUUGAAGAUGGGAGAUACAAUGCACGAUGUCAAAUUAUUGCAUGAACCUCCAUUGCUGACUGUAAUGAUGGAAGGAGGUCUAGAAGCAAGGAAGAAACAAAGAAAAAGGAUUAGCUGAGCCAUUAUUACAUCACAAGACUAUGAAAGUAAAAGCUUGUAUUGGCAUCUUUGAUGAUUCUGAUAAAAUAAGAUAAUCAAAAAAUGAACCUGGAUAGCAGGAGAUGGUGGCUGUAACACUGGUAUUUGAGCUUUAUCCAUUCAAAAGUCUGAUGAAAGUUAAGUGGCAGAUAAGGGGCAAUGGAAAGAUUCAAAUUUUCUGCCUUCAUGCAAGUUUGACAUACAUUGCAAAAUGGGAUGCAUGAAGGAUGCAAGAUUAGAGUAAAAAACAGCGAUGCCAAGACGGAUUAAUGAUGUCAAAUUCUCCCAGGUUGGCAUGAGCAUAACAACGGAGGACUGAAUGAAAACAGGCUUAAAAAAGAAAGGAAGGAUAAAUAAAGGCUGCAAGCUGGGAGGACGAAAACAUUGUUGGAAACCACUGCUUCCAAAAUCUACAUUGGAGUGAAUGAUGGAUCAAGAGAUCGAAGAGGCAUUAAAAGCAUGAAUGAAUAGAUAAAAGUUGGUGAUUCGGAAUGGAAUGGAAGGUCGAAAGAUUUCUAUUGCUCCGCCUUCUCGUAUUGUGUCUAACAGGUAAAAUAAUGGCCAGUGAGCUAAAAGAGGUCUGUGUCUUGGUUUGACAUAAUUUGCUACUCCACGCAACUACCACAGGUUACACCCACAGUAGUUUACAUUUGCACACCAACUUCUGCACUAAUAUUUGGAGGCUAACUUUAGCUACCAAUGCUUAGUGGUUGUCAGUGUGCACUUGAGCAAAGCACUUAAGGAACUUUAAACUGGUUCAUCAAUAGUAAAUCUGUAAAUAUGAAGCAAAGAAUGGGUUAAAAAUUAAAGGGCAUUCUCUCCCAACCAAAUUUCCUUUAACUGUAUCAUAAAAAGAGAUGUGUUAAGAUGUUCACUCUGGGAUGAUCAUAGAGAAAUGAUUCGUAGACUAAGACAUUGGCCACUUUUAGCCUCUAGUCCAUUGUUUGUACAUUAGGAUUGUUUGAAUAUGGAAUGUUUAUUUUCUUUCUUGCCAUAUGCUAGUAUUCUUUACAAGUCUUAGGCAAUAGAUUCAUCAUUAGAUAUGACUGCUUGACUCUGAUUCUGAUUGUUUGAAUGACUGAUUCAUUGGGUUGAUUGCAUCGAAGCAGCAUUGUCUAUCUAUGCUUGGUUUGAGUGUUCAUAUAUUUUUCCUCGGACAUCUGGAGCAAGGAGGGAAAAAAAGAUCUAUAAAUCUAUCCUAUAUAUUUGUGAAAAUACCUUUAAUAAUAUCAUGUAAAAUGUUCGAAAUAAUCAACAUAUUUGGAAUCAGCAACAUUUUUACACACUCCUUUCUGCUCGCCAUCUCAGUAACAAAGUAACA